AUGAUGCCAGCUCGAUCCUGUUCGAUGGUGUUGGUGGUAGCUCUCAUUGCUACCAUCGCUUCGGGAGCUUCGAUUGCGUCCAAUCUGGUCGAGGAGGAGCGACCAAGAAUCGCGAGCAGCGAGGAACUGUUAUCUUCGAUUGUGAACGAGUGCUUCGAUGGUGCCUCGGUGAUGGGUUGCCUGAAGGGCAAAGUGCUGCUGUAUCUGGACGGUAUGCUGGGACUUCGAGAAGAGGAAGCACGUUCCUUCAACGAGCGCAACGUCGAUGAAGUGAUCUUCGAUCGUGUUGGACGUGUGCUGGCCACCCACGAGAUCCGUGUUCAACUGCCGGAAGAUACCGUCGUGAGCUAUCGUGCCGAUAAGGGAUUGGACAUUGACGUGCUCCCGGCAGGACUUGCUACUGAAGCGGCCCGUGGUCAUUUACUGAAGAAGAAACUCCUGCUUCCAGUGUUGCUGCUGCUGAAGCUGAAGAUGAAGGCGCUGAUGCCGAUCUUCCUUGGGCUGAUCGGACUGAAGGCAAUGAAGGCGCUUAUCCUGUCCAAGCUGGCCAUUACGCUUGUGCUCGGUUUCCUGAUCGCCCAGCUCGUGAAGAAGUCCGGACUCGGUAUGCCCAUGUCGAUGAUGCCCAUGAUGCCACCAGCUCCGGCCGCUGAGUAUGGAGCGCCUGUGCCCGCUUCCUCUACGCCUGCCUCCAGCUAUGAACCCUCGUCCUGGGAAUCAUCGUCCGGACCGUACUCUCGCCUGUGGGAACCGUCCACAUCCGGAUCGUCCCAUAACCUCGCGUACAGCUCGUACUACCCCAGCUCGAGCGGUUCCAGCUCGUACACGGCAUACAAUGCUGGCUCUAGCAGCUCGUCGUCAGUCGGCUCCGGUAGCUCCUCCUCUUCCUCCUCUCCUUCCUCAGGAUCCUCCUCCUCGUCCUCUUCCUCGUCGAAUGCAGCGCACGCUUACUAG